CUUGACAGUUAUUUGUAAGUUAGAUCAGGCCACUCACACAGUCUUGAGAUAUUCGCAAGCAUGGCUCAGACUAACCCAAUGCCAAUAGGACCAUGGAAGAUCACAGUAUAUGACCAGGAGAACUUCCAGGGCAAACACAUGGAUUUCACUUCUUCCUGCAAGAACAUCAUGGAGUGUGGAUUUGACAAUGUUCGUUCAUUGAAGGUGGAGUGUGGCGCCUGGGUGGGUUAUGAGCACUCCAGCUUUUGUGGGCAACAGUUCGUCUUGGAGAGAGGAGACUACCCUCGCUGGGAUGCAUGGAGUGGGAGCAACGCCUACCAUAUUGAGAGACUGAUGUCCUUCCGCCCAAUUUGCUGUGCUAAUCAUAAGGAGUCAAAGAUUGUAGUGUUUGAGCGGGAGAAUUUUAUUGGGCGCCAGUGGGAGAUAAAUGAUGACUAUCCCUCUCUUCAGGCCAUGGGCUGGCCCAACAAUGAGAUUGGAUCCAUGCAGGUCCAAAGUGGGGCAUGGGUUUGCUACCAGUAUCCUGGCUUCCGUGGCUACCAGUAUGUCCUGGAGUGUGAUCGCCACGGAGGCGAGUAUAAACACUACCGGGAGUGGGGAUCCCAUGCUCACACCUUCCAGAUGCAAUCUCUUCGCAGAGUCCAGCAGUGAGGGCUGAUCUCUUCCUCCCUCUCUCGCUCACCCUCUCCCUUCCAAGCCCACCUCCACCUCCUUGCUUACCUCCUCAUUCUCCCCUCCUUCUCAUCUUCUUCUUUAUCCUCUUCCUCCUCCUCUCCUCUACACUUCCAUUCCUGCUGUGACCAGACCAGUUAUGGCACAGGCUUGAAAUCUGGUGCAAAGUGCAAACAAAUCACUGUUGUUAUUACAGAAAGAUGGGAGUAACAGAUCACCAGCAUCCAGAAGCUGUGAAUGAGGCAGUGAUGGAAAUUUCUUACAUAUCAUUGUCACAGAGUGAUCAGUGCU